AUGGCAGACGAAAAUAAUUUGUAUCGGGUCCUUGGAGGACUCUAUAUUUCCUCAAUACAGCCGUUGUUAAAUAAUGUUGAUCUCAAAAAUCUGUAUGGAAUAGAGAGUAUAGUGAGCGUUCAAAAGGAGCCGAUCCCAGAAACAUACAAGAAUUACACAAGAUUGCAAGUGCCAGUGGAUGACCUGGAUACUGAAAAUUUAUUCAUUUACUUUCAAAGGGUGAACGAUUUUAUAGAUAAAAGAUUGAAAGGAUCCCCAGAAGGAAAUAAGGGAAAGGUACUUGUUCAUUGUAAUGCUGGAAGGUCCAGAUCUGUCAGUUUUGUCAUCGCCUUUUUAAUGAAGAAAUACCACCUCAAUUAUAAACAGGCUCGAUAUGCUGUUCAAAGGAAAUAUCCGGAGGGUGUGAUAAUUGAACCAAAUUCGGGCUUUUCAAAGCAAUUACAACUUUAUUACAAUUGUGGCUGUUGUGAUGAUGUGAGAGAACUCGAUGCCAGAUACCCGCAGUAUCGAGCCUUCAAGAUGAGUUUAUUACAAAUAACGGAUAUGAAUAAUGACUCCGCCUAUCGAGACAUAGUGAAUAAUGGUACAGCAAACGUACCAUCCACGAAAAAUGAGGAAAAUAAGGAUCUCAAACCAAAGUACGUCUUUAGGUGUAAGAAAUGUGGUCAAGUGUUGGCAAAUUCCGCUGUUUUUAUACCGCAUACUGUGCCAACAGAUGAUCAUGACAAGCAGAAGUACUUCUAUAAAACCACCUUUUGGACCAAGGAGGUCUAUAAGGUUGAAAAAGCCAGUUCCGAAUGUACUCAUUAUUUCUUCGAACCCUUAAAUUGGAUGAAGCCUGAAUUGAGCAAGGGAGAACUUGAGGGUCGUUUCGACUGUUUUAAAUGCGGCUCGAAGGUGGGUGGAUAUCAUUGGCAAGGAUCCAGGUGUAGUUGCGGAAGGUGGAUGGUCCCAGCAAUACAUCUCCUAAAAGCUAAAGUUGAUGAGCUUGCCUCUUCAACACCGUGA